UCAAGAUUAUCUAUAUCGCUUUGCAUUUUAGCUUUUAUCUACAAAGCCAUAUAAUUUGAAACUGAAUGUAGCAGCAGUGAUAAAAUGGCACUUUUCGACACGGCUUAUGAAUAAGUAUAGUUUCCUACAUAAUUAUCCGAAGACAACUGGUUAGCAGCUAUUUAAAGAGCUUCAGCAGUUAUAUUUGGGUGGAAGUGCCCUCGGACCUUGCCAAGAGUCUCCCAGCAUCGUAGUGUCAUCGUCAUAAUGAGAAUAAUCAUCGAAAAUUGUUAAAAUGGAGUUUAAUUCGUGAAGCGAGUCUCUUGAUCAGGUCAAGUGGAGUUUCACUAUAUUUCCGAGGAUAUUUCGUCUCUAAAUCUUGAUGAACCAUGACUGCCUCUAUAUUCGCCCUGGUGGUCUCUACUCUCUACAUUAUUCUGACGAGUUUAAUUGCAUAUUGGGCGAGAAAAUAUGUAAACUACUACACACAACGGCCGUUCUUGCGGGACUUGUUCCUGGAGGGAAUCGCAACAGCUGAGUUAUGCGGAGCGUGCUUCGAACUGAUCAUAAUUGCCGACAACUGGGGAGUGUCUACAUACGCGAUCUACCUCUUCAUAUUGACGAUCUGGUGGUCCUUAAAUUGGGAAGAUGCCACAGCCUGUCCCUAUACUCAUCUGGAGGACUUUGUCGAAGGGAAGAAAUCCCUCAGGGACGCUUUUCUUCUGAUCUGGGCGGAGCUCGUCGGUGGUCUCGUCGUCUUCAGGUACAUCCAAGUCCUCUGGGCCUUGGAGAUAACUUCUGCACACAAGGACAUGGCCUUCGGGGACUGCACUACUGAUCUUCAAGUUCCUGUCGUAAUCGGGGCCUUUAUCGAGGGUCUUGCCACCUGCAUCUGUCGAGUCGUCUCCAGAGGGCUGGGGGAGCUCAACCCCAGGUUCAGCAACAUCAUUGACUCUUUCGUGGGAACGACGCUGGUCGUUGUUGCGUUUAAUUACUCUGGAGGAUAUUUCAACCCUGCGCUUGCAACAGCCCUCAAAUAUGGUUGUCUGGGCACAAGUGCAAUGGAACAUGUUAUUGUUUAUUGGGUGGGAGCAUGUGCAGGAUCCAUAGCAUCCAUCCGGGUCUACCAGCACCCAAAAAUUCAAGAUUUCGUUAAAAAACAGAAAGCCAAAACGCACUAAUUAUUUUUAGGUUGAAAAGUACGGUGAAAUAAUAGGAAUAAUUUGUAAAUAAUUUGUAUUAUUUAUUUAUUGAAGUAAUAAAGAGGGGUGAUGAGACCUCAA